CAAGAAAUCAUUAGCAAAGAUUAUGCUGGGUUUGCACUAGACGGAGAGCUCUUCAUGGACUGCAAACAGGAGCCUUGAGACCCGAGACUUUGACCCUUGGCCGCAGCCGCGCCAUCGUAGUUUUGAACUCGACUUCGUCACUCCAGACACGACUGGCCAUCCAUUCCGCCACGAACGUGUCCGACUUCAUGUCGCACUUUGAAUCAACAACAACCACAGAAGCCUCACGUACAAGCUCACUCCAGUCUGGCCGACAGUCCUACCUGCGACCGGAAGAUGCCUUCUACGCGCCUCCGCCGCUGCGCAAGCGCUCUAUUGCCCCGAACACGGCCGCACCGGUAGCACAGACGAAUGGAAGCUUUCCCGACGCCCGUAAAUGGCGGGAGAAACGACGUGGGAGCAGCGACAGUCGGCGAAGGCGCAACGGAAAGGAAGGCUCGGGGCCGAAAGUGCCGUGGAAGAAGCUCCUUUGGGUGAAGCAGUCCUAUCCCGACAACUACACCGACGAGGAAACCUUUCUCGACCAUCUGCAGCGGAAUCCACGACUACGACCUUAUGAGUUCUGGCCGCUGGUGGCGGAUAGCACCAUCAUCGUGCAGCAUGUCUGCUCCGUCGUCAUCUUCGUCUGUUGCUUCACUGCCAUCUUCCAGGAGCGAGUCAGCCCUCAGACGGUCGUCGGCUGGGCGACGCUUGGGACCGUGGCGGGCUGGGUAUUGAGAGAUUACUGGCAGACGCGCGAAGAGAGCGAAGUCGCCGCCAAGCUAGCCGCCAAAGAAGCCGGCGAUUCCCCCGUCAGCGCCGCCACAGACGGCGACAAGACUUCUGCGCGGAGUAGCUCCGACAUGGCGGAUUUCGGCAUGCCCUUCAAGGAACAGCACAUCCCUCUCGCGAGCAUCCCGCCGAGCGCGCUCCAAUCUCCGCCCCACUCCCGCAUCCCCAGCGUCAACUCCAUGGACACCCCACUCAGUGCCAACAGCGAAACCAACCUCCCCUCCUUCCCCGCAAUCCCAACCACCUCUCCAAACCCAGACCUACCACCCUGCAACGGCGAGCCCUCCGCCCUCUCCGCCCGCACCCGCGAGCGCCUCAUCACCGCCAAAUCCGCCAUCCUCAUCUACUGCUCGCUCCUAGGCCUCUCGCCCAUCCUCAAAUCCCUCACGCAAUCCACCUCCAUCGACUCCAUCUGGGCGCUCAGCAGCUGGCUCAUGAUCCUCAACGUCUUCACCUUCGACUACGGCGCCGGGCCCGAAUCGAAGUUCCCCGCCUCCCUCUCCACCAACGCGGCCGUCAUGGCGUCCACCGUGCUCGCCUCGCGCCUGCCCUCCACCACGCACGUCUUCAGCUUGAGCCUCUUCAGCAUCGAAGUCUUCGGCUUGUUCCCCAUGUUUCGCCGACAUUUGCGACACAACAGCUGGGCGGGGCAUCUUUGGCUUACGACUUUGCUCGUCCUCUUGGCGUCGGGAGGAUUGAAUAUGACGAUUUCGGGAGGAGGCUACGUUUCGGGCAUUGUGGGCGCGGUGUUUGGUAGCAUCAUUUGCUGUCUCGGCAUGGGUUUGACGAGCUGGUGGUUAAUCGGGCUGCAGCGGUACAAGAACGAGAUUCACGGGCCCUGGGAUCCCGCGCGGCCUGUGUUGCGAGGCGUGUGGGAUUGAGAAGUACUACCUAAUAAUGUAAUGUAGAAGUGAAAGACAGGUUGGAUGCAAA